GUAGUAUACUCCGAAAUUCAACGCGCGUAACAUGCUCUGUCGUUUUUUUCGUUAAAAUCCCAAAAAAGUUAAUAUUUUCGAAAUUCGAGUGCACAACGUGUUAGUACAAGUUUCGAACAGUAUACCGAGUGAUUUUCGUGAAAAUCCGAGUACGCUAAGACGUUCAAAUCGUGUUAGAAAUCGAGGAAUAUUUUAACAUGUAUUCGGUGGUAUCUCUAUGUAGGCGAUGCUGCGUUGCCAGCUGAAUCGACGAUGUAUUUCGCUACGUUGCCGGUGCCCCGUUCGGAUUUUUAGAGUAAUGUGCCACGGAUUGCUUGGAUAGUGACAGGGAACAGCGCAAGUCUGAGAUUAAAAAUGCCGUACAAAUUCGAUAAGAUGAGAAGCAAGAGGAAAGUCGUUGUCAAGGAUUUGAAUCCUAUGUUGACAUGUUCGCUUUGUGAAGGGUACCUGAUCGAUGCAACCGUCUUGGCGGAUUGUCUUCAUGUCUUUUGUCGAGGAUGUAUAAUCAAGUAUUUCGACAAUUGUAGAACGGCUUGUCCGAACUGCAACAUCAUAUAUAAGAAAAAGAAUCAAAUAUGCUUCAGGUCCGACCCUAUAUUACAAGCCCUUGUGUACAAACUAGUACCAAAUUUAUACUCGAGAGAACUACAAACCAGAGAAGAUUUCUACAGAAGUACUGGAGUGAGAGCCAGCAGUUCCUGCAGCGACGAUAGCGUGAUAGACAAAGAAAGAGAUAGUUUGAAGGACCAAGAGGAAAUGGUAACGUCUAACGUUGGUGAAAAAACCGAUUUCUUCAGUACAGACGACAUGAUAUCUCUGUCCAUGGAGUACUACCAGGAGCACUUGGACGAUACUCCUAUCGAAAGUGAGAAAGACACUGUGAGAAACACGAUUGUAAAUAGUGAAGCAAGCGACAAUAAAAGUGUAGAAGAUAAUAGUGAAACGAAAGGUGAUACGUCUCGUUGUGAAAAUAGUGAACAUAGUGAACCCGUUAAGGAUACGACUAAUAAAAUUGGUGAUAGUUCGGUUAUGAGUGAGCCGAGUAGUGAUAAUAAAGACGUAGAAAAUAGUGAAGAACACAGGCUGGACGGAAAGAGAUAUCUGAAGUGUCCGGCUGCUGUGUCGAUGCAGCUUUUGCAGAAAUUCGUUAGAAUGAAGUAUGGACUCACCCUCAAUCAUAGAGUCGAUAUCAUUUACCAAGGGGAAGUCCUAGCAGACUACUUCACACUUAUAGACGUUGCCUAUACGUUCAAAUGGCAAAGGACUAAACCGAUGCGCUUCUUCUACCGCAUCUUCAGUCCCAUGAAGAUAAAGCCGAUACGGAUAAUAAACACCACCUCGACCUCGGGUUCCAAACAGCUUCAAAUCGUUCAAGUGGACGAUAAACCGAAACCAGAAAAAGUCGAAAAGGUGCAAGAAGAAGUACCUGAAAAACCUCCUACUCCUAAACCAGAACCUCCAAAAAGCCCUGCUGAAGACACCGAGGACCAGAGUUUCGACAAAGAAACGCUUAUGGCCAAUCUUCAAUUGCAAAGCACUAAGAAGAUAAAAAUUAAGACUCCUGAAAAAGAGAAAGAGAAAACUUCAGAAAAAGAAGCGGUGUGUGUAUAUGAAUAUGUCGAGCCAGACAAAGAAGAGAUCAAGCGAUUCGCUGAGAAAAGAGAUAGGGAAUGGGCUCUCCAAAAGAAACUAGACGAGAGAAACGGUGAAUAUUACGUGAGCAAAAAACGGAAGAAGUCCAAACAUUCAAAGAAUGAAUCCGUACACAAAAAGAGAAAAUUACAUGCAGAAAUCACAUCGAACGAGGAGGAAGAUCUGAAAUUGAAGGUCAAGAUAACUCCACAUAAUAGUCAUAAACACAAACAUCACAGAAGUUCCCAAAAUUACGCGGAUAAAACAUACGAGAUCAGCACUAAAGAGAAGCUCUUACAAAUGAGACAAGUCAGACAUAAACACGUCAGUAGCGAGGAUAAAACUGUGCAGACUGUAUCAACGAGCAACGUGAACACUACUAAACAGUCAAUUGUAGAUAAAAUACAAGAGAAAAUAAAAUUGAAUAAAGAAAAAGAAUUCGAGAAGAAGAAAGAAAGCGACAGCAAACAGGUCAGGUUUAUUGAAACACCUGAAACGUCUGACUCCUCAAACGAGAAAAAGAAAGAAGAGAUCAAAAGUAUAACGAUAAAUCUCGUUAACAACUCUAAAGACGGUAAGAAACCCAGUGUGAAGAUCGUGAAUAAAGAUGUUAGACCGGCUAUUAAAGAGUGGGGCGUCACUGAAAAAACAGUUCCUGUAUUGAAACUCGAAAGAUCAGAUAGUGAAAAACAAAAAACUUUCCUGAAAUCUUUCCAAUCUUAUACUGAAAAGUACAAUAUAGAAAAAAUCAAACAUAACACGAUGGAGGCGAAGCGUAAACAGAACCUGGCAAAGAUGAGUAACGCUCAACCGCAGUAUACCAUUGAGCCAAGGAAGAUCAGCACCCCUCCUGCAAAUACACCCAAGCACGAAAAAGUUGAAGACACCACCUCGAAGAUCCUGCACAAGUACCCUCCAGGUUUCACCGUUAGCAAAAUCGAAGCUGGCGUUAAGAGAAAAGCAGAAAACGAUGGAGAGAUGCCGGAUAAACGGCCAAGUUUGGAGAUAACUUUGAUACCUCCAACAUCCCAAAGCCAACUCGUGGCAAACAGAGUAGCUGCUGAAAAGGUCGUCCAAAAGAGGCCGCUACCUUCUACGAUUCCUCUGGACAGGAUCCGGAAGAGUAUCAACUUGAAAUCUGGUAUUAGCAUCAUACCUAAAACACCUGAUGUCUGUGAUAACAUAGGAGCUCUAGAUUUGUCGAACAAAAGUCCCGAUAGUUCCCCCAAACCGGCGACCACGAUCACCAAAAACGGCAUCAACAUGAUGAUCACCAAUAGGAACCUGGGCGCUCUCAAAUCAAUGCCUAACGCUGAGAAGUCUUCGAAUCUGAGCAACUUGCAAAUGCUGUCCAAAGUGGCUUCUGAGCAUCCCAUACUGAAUAAACUGCAGCAGCAAGCCCAAAACAUCGCAAAAUCUCCGAGACCAAACAGUUUGCAUUCUAUGAACUCUACCACGAUACAAACCUCCACUCCCACAACUUCUGCCUCGUUGAACCCGAGGCCGAUUCUGCCCAAAAUGCCUGAACUGACGGAGAUCAAAAAGACGCAAUUCAAGAUGUCCGGAGUCGGCAACAUCCGUUCCCCAAGGCCCAAUCCAAAUCUCAACAUACGCAACAUACCGAAUCCAAGCCUGUUGAUCAGCAAGCAGACCCAGAACAGGCAAAUUACGGUUGCUUCAAACUCCGAAAAAGAAAGUUUAAGUGUUGUGCCAAGUUCUGUGAGUUCCAAGGCUAACAAUAUAAUGGAAAAACAAGAAAUACCAGUUUGAACAUUAUGAAUUGGUCAGUUCAAUUGAGGGCAUUGAGUUGAGUUUUUCCUACGUAUGUUUGGAGAUCCUUAGUGAACUUUACUUGUUGAAUGUUUCCUGAAUUAUUUCCUUCAUCUCUUUAAAUCUUUCUAUUUAUUCUUUAUUGAAUAUUUGUUUAUGUCGUGUAUGUUUCUCUCUUUGAGUUUUUUAAACACAUGAGUUCCUGAUUAGUGAAGACUUAUUUUGAUGGUUUCUUUUACAUAUUUUAUUGUAAUUGUUAUCAACGUUGUUUAUUUGUUUAUAUUUGGAUCAUUCGUGUACCUAUAUUGUAUAUAAAAUUUAUGUAGUUUUAGUUCUUGAUUGUCGAAUGGUAAUUUUCUAUUGGAUGUUUUGUUUGUUGCAAUUAUUUUCCAAUAAUCGACCAAUUUGUAAAAAUUUUCGAAAAAAGUAAAGAAAUAUUGAUUGUAUAUAUUUGGAGAAGAGUUGGGAAAUAGAAUUGUCUUCGAUCGAGUAGUAAACUCAUUAUAUGAAGUAAUUGAUGUACCUUGAUGACGUCUGUCUCAAUAGAAUGUUUAUUCAUCUCUUUACCUUUCUGUCCACUGUGUACUAGAACGCUAAGAUAUCAUAUAAUUGACAGACUUCUGAUCUAAAUUGCAUAGUGUCCUAUAGACUGCUCCAAUAUCGAUCAUUUGUAGAAAUGUACUUAUAGAUAAAAAUAAAGUAAUUUAUCCAAAUCAUUGCGUAUAUAAUUUAUACGUUAAUUUUUUGUGUAUUAUCAUGUUGAUGUCGAUGAUUAAAAUUUAAAAUACCUAGAA